CGUGUCACCACCGAGGGAUGCAAUGUGACUCGCCCCAUUUAUUCCUCCACUGACUUAUCGUCCAAAUACUCCAACUCCCGUGUCGUCAUUGCCCAACCCUUCUGAUUCACCACACAGACCAAGAGGACCAGUGUGUAGCCGUAAGCGCCGGGCACAUCGCGCUGUUUUACAAAGCAAAUGGUCGAAUUGUGUGGAGAAAGCCUUCAGCAUCGCAGACGCGUUUGGCCUCUAUGGUCUUUUUGGCUGUGCAGUUCUCUUCUCAUGUUGAAGGUGCAAUUGUCGGGUUUGAUGCAGCAAACGGACGUUCUCUUUGGCAUCCACGACUCGUGGUACAACCCUGACUCAUCCUCUUCCUUCCGGCCGGACAGGACUUGUCGCAGGAACUUCGCACCAGUGAGGAUAUUGUAAGUGCCAGCAGCGAAUAUCGACGGACAGCCAUGCCCACGUGUCAGGUUCCUUGCGUCCUCGAACGAUACUCUGUGGGACAGUAGCAAAGCUCUGCCUGGAAGCUGGAGGGGAACAUGAUUAAGAUGCUGGCGUCAUCCAGGCAGUCAGCUUCGCAAACGAGUAACAGGCGGUAUGGACAGAUUGCCUUGUCCAUGGGAAAUGCAGUCGACGUCCACGCUGUUUCGAAGCGACGGUGA